GUGCAGACAUUUCUUUAAAUCAGCAAAAACAGAAAAAAAAACAAACAAGGAACAAGUGGGAUCAAGUCUCAAAACGCUGUUUUUUUGUUGUUUUUUUUUUUUUUAAGAGAGAGAGCGCUAGAGAGAGAGAAAUUCGACAUCGAGACUCAACAGCAUUUCCAAAGACGGGCUUAUUUUUUGCAGCGCGCCCUAACGCUGAAGUCAUUCUCCGUCUCAUACAACAGCAGCCAAGGACAGGAGAGCAUCAGCAGAGAGAGGGGAAAGAGGAGAGAGAAAGGUGCCUCCUCUCGCCAUUGCGAAAUUCCGCCUCGUUCCGUUUCGUCUCCGCGUCGCUGGUGAAACGGCUGCUCUGACGGGGAGCCCACCGGAGUUGUUUGGGGUUUUUGUUUUUGGAGGGGGGGGGUGACGCCGGGCAUCGAACUUCACCACACGGACAAAAACACAACCUAUGCGUGGAUUUCGGCUCUUUUUCCCUUCGCCAAUGCAAAAGGAAAUAUGCAGCGAAGCCUCACCAUCCUCUACACCAGUUUACUGGGGAUGUGCUUGGGUUCAAGCUCAAGUUUCCCAAGUAACAUCAAUAUAGGAGGAUUGUUCCCCACCGAAUCGCACGAAUAUGAGGUCUUUCGUUUCGCCCUCUCUCACCACCAGGACAUCCCCAAACUGGUGCCGCAGGUGGAUAUGGUCAAGAUGGGGAAUAGUUUCUCCAUGACAUACGCCUUCUGCUCCCAGUUCUCCAAGGGUGUGUACGCCAUCAUCGGCCUGUAUGACAGGAAGACGGUCAACAUGCUCAUGUCCUUCUGCGGAGCGCUGCAUGUCUGCUUCGUCACACCGUCCUUCCCCAUCGAGACGGCCAACCAGUUCGUCAUCCAGCUGAGGCCCGAGCUCCAGGACGCUCUGGUGGGAGUGAUCGACCACUACGGAUGGACCAAGUUUGUCUACAUGUACAGUUCUGACUCAGGCCUGUCAGUGCUGCAGAAGGUUCUGGACACAGCGGCGGAGAGGAACUGGCUGGUGACCUCGGUCAACGUGGAGACCAUGACGGAGGCCUCCUUCUUGAAAGUGUUCCAGGAUUUGGACAAGAGGAAGGAGGGCCAGAUAAUCAUCGACUGCGAGACUGAGAGGCUCACCGGCAUCCUGAAAAAGAUUGUCGAACAAGGCAAGAAUGCAAAGAGCUACCACUACAUCCUGGCCAACCUGGGUUUCCUGGACAUCGAUCUGACAGAUCUGAGGAAAGGCGGGGCGAACAUCACCGGCUUCCAGCUCGUCAACAACUCUGAGCCCAGCGUCAGCCGCGUCGUCCAGCAGUGGAUGGAGUUCGACAACAAAGACUCCAAAGUGCCCAAGAGUGGACUCAAAUACACGGGCGCUCUGACGUACGACGGGGUGAAAGUCAUGUCCACAGCCUUCCAGAACCUAAGGAGGCAGAGGAUAGACAUCUCUCGCAGGGGCAACGCCGGAGAGUGUCUCGCAAACCCACCAGCUCCCUGGGGACAGGGCAUAGACAUCCAGAGAGCUCUGCAGCAGGUCCGUAUUGAUGGAUUGACUGGCCACAUUCAGUUCAAUGAGAAAGGCCGCCGGACCAACUACACCGUAAGCGUCAUGGAACUGGCGCCCUCUGGGCCAAAGAAGGUCGGCUACUGGAAUGAGGAUGAAAAGUACGUGACUACGGCCAGCUUCAUGAGAGGCAGCAACGAGACUUACGGCCUGCAGAACAGGACUUACAUAGUCACCACUAUUUUGGAGUCUCCAUAUGUGAUGCUGAAGAAGAACCACGAGCAGCUCACGGGGAAUGAUAAGUACGAGGGCUACAUUGUCGAGCUGGCUGCGGAGAUUGCCAAACAUGUGGGCUACCAGUACAAACUGAAGGUCGUUUCAGACGGAAAAUAUGGAGCCAGAGAUCCGGAAACCAAGAUGUGGAAUGGCAUGGUGGGAGAACUGGUGUAUGGGAAAGCAGAUGUGGCUGUGGCUCCUCUGACCAUCACCCUGGUCCGUGAGGAAGUGAUCGACUUCUCCAAGCCCUUCAUGUCCCUGGGUAUCUCCAUCAUGAUCAAGAAACCCACCAAAUCUAAACCUGGCGUGUUUUCCUUCCUGGACCCGCUGGCUUACGAGAUCUGGAUGUGCAUCGUGUUUGCCUACAUUGGCGUGAGCGUCGUCCUGUUCCUCGUCAGUCGGUUCAGCCCGUACGAGUGGCACGCCGAGGACUACGAGGAGGGAGGCGAGCCGCAGUCUCCGACCCAGGCGACGGCUUCCAAUGGGGUGCAGCAGGGCCAGACGCCGGCGCAGCAGAACCCCAACCAGCAGAGUCCUGAGCAGACCAACGAGUUCGGCAUCUUCAACUCCCUUUGGUUCUCGUUGGGGGCCUUCAUGCAGCAGGGCUGUGAUAUUUCACCACGCUCUCUGUCUGGCCGCAUCGUCGGAGGCGUCUGGUGGUUCUUCACCCUCAUCAUCAUCUCAUCCUACACUGCCAACUUGGCUGCCUUCCUGACCGUGGAGAGGAUGGUGUCUCCUAUAGAGAGCGCUGAGGAUCUGGCCAAGCAGACAGAGAUCGCCUAUGGAACGCUGGAUGCCGGCUCCACCAAAGAAUUCUUCCGGAGGUCCAAAAUCGCCGUGUUUGAGAAGAUGUGGUCCUACAUGAAGGCGGCUGACCCGUCCGUGUUUGUCAAGACCACGGACGAAGGCGUAAUGAGAGUCAGGAAGUCCAAGGGCAAGUAUGCCUACCUGCUGGAGUCCACAAUGAAUGAGUACAUAGAGCAGAGGAAACCGUGCGAUACCAUGAAGGUGGGAGGAAACCUCGACUCUAAAGGUUAUGGCAUCGCCACACCGAAGGGCUCCCCGCUCAGAAUCCCAGUAAACCUAGCGGUGUUGAAACUCAAUGAGCAAGCCGUCUUAGACAAACUGAAAAACAAAUGGUGGUACGAUAAAGGGGAGUGUGGCAGCAAGGACUCCGGAAGAAAGGACAAGACGAGUGCUCUGAGCCUCAGCAAUGUGGCGGGAGUCUUCUACAUCCUGAUCGGCGGGCUCGGCCUGGCCAUGCUGGUGGCGCUGGUGGAGUUCUGCUACAAGUCCAGGACUGAGUCGCGCCGAAUGAAGCAAUCCAUCAACGACGCCAUGCGCUGCUCCACCCUGACCAGGAUGAGUGGCAACGGGAGCGGCGGCGAGAACGGACGAAUCCUCACCCACGACUUCCCCAAGACCGUCCAGACGCUGCCCUGCAUGAGCCACACCGCCAGCAUGGGACUGGGUGCCUCCGGCAUGUGAUCGUCACGUGACUGUGCUGGCGGCGAGGAAUAGGCAGGGUGGGGCAGGAGACGGAGCACAAGACUCUAAAUGACCUCCAAAAUCAUGGUUGUCCGGUUUGACCCAUCUACUCUCCUGGCUGUCGUCGUGCCCGACUUGAACAAGACUUUACUUACUGCCAAAAUGCACUCUCGAGAAAAAAACAAAACAAAAAAAAAUACGCUCCUUCAAAACCACAAA